AUGGGUAUCUGCGCGUCCUGUCUCGGGCUCAACCGGCAAGAAGCGCGCGAAGCGUCUGAGAGCGAAGGCCUCCUGUACGAGGAUGCCACCCAGCCGCAGUAUGGCACCGUUACUCCCGGCGCAACACUGCCAGAGCCCGAUCCGGAAGAGUUGAGAAGGGAACGCGAAGUCCUGGAGCGAAUCUGCGCCCAGACGUCCAAUGAACUCAUCGACGUCCUACACCACGACUCCAAACUCGCCGGCGACUAUCCCUACCUUCUCAACAAGCACUUCCCCCCGUCAUCUAGUGGUGCUUCUUCGCCCACGACUACCAUUGUCGACGAGAACGCCUGGCUUGCUGCCACCCAAGGUGCCGAGCGAGAACUCUGGGACGAAGUCAAGGGCCUCAAUCCUGGUGAACUCGUGCUCGAGUUGAACCCGCCGACCAAUACAACAAGGUGAUGCUCAGCACGCCGCAAUCUCUCCUUUGUCAAAAAGCAUGAUACCCCGUCUGCGAUACCCGGAUAAUCUCCUUGUUGUUCUUUUCCUUUCUAAUUAAUUCUCUAUUUGUUCCGCUCAUUUUGGCUGAACCGCCCUUUUAACAUCGUCUCAUUUUUUGAACAGACUGCUGUGCCCCAGAUCUCGUCUACUAUACUUUCCUGUAUCUCAGAUCCUCGCUGUAAUGGCUGCAUUCACAUAUUCCGCAAGCAUCUGCUUUGGUCACAUGGCCAUUAUGCGCUUCCACGGAUAAGAAAAGUACGCGUCGCGAAGAAUUAUUGUCCUUUCAGAAAUGACUGAGACUGGCGUCUGCGGGGUUCGCGAGCACGGUGUUUCCUCAGAAUUCGUCAGUUUGG